CACAAUUUGGUCGCUUCCAGUCUUUGUUAAGCUUUCGAAAGCCGAGUCGAGUCGAUUUGAGUCGGCACUUGGCAGAGGCGCCAAAAUGGUGUCUUUUGUGACCCGUUUAUUUCUGCCGGGCGCAUUUUGUGUUUUUUUUUUCUGGGCAAGCAGGACUCACUCGACUGCAAGCGAUUUCACCAACGAGACCCCAACCGAGGAUGCAAAAAGGGUCAUCUCAGCUCAGCAAAGCGUGUCAUCUGUCGCCUCGGACAUGGGUGACGUGCAGAGCUGCCCAGCCACCAGCUGGGGUCAUCUUUUUGGUGUGAUUCCCAAGAAGAAGGAACGGGCGCUGGCUGUCUUGGAAACGCCGUGGGUUUUCUCUCUGGAGCUCUGCUUCAAUUUGUGA